AUGGUAGAAGAAUUCAAAAGAGCAAUGAUGAAAGAAUAUGAGAUGACAGAUCUUGGCCUAAUGAAAUAUUUUCUUGGUAUCCAAGUUCAACAGGCAAAAGGAGAAAUAUUUAUUUCUCAAGAAAAAUACUUAAAUGAUGUUCUCAAAUGGUUUCACAUGGACGACUGUAAACCGAUGUCUACACCAAUGGCAUUAAAUGAGAAGUUGCGUAAGGAUGAUGGUGCAGAAAAAGCUGAUGCAACAAAUUACAGAAGCUUAGUUGGAUGCCUCAUUUAUCUAACAAAUACCAAGCUAGAUAUUGUCUUUGCUGUUAGUUAUGUUUCCAGAUUCAUGCACGAGCCAAGUAAAAAUCACCACACUGCAGUAAAGAGAAUCCUUUGCUAUCUACAGGGUACCAGAAAGCUUGGAAUUAAGUAUGCCAAAGAAGCAGAUAACAAGCUCAUUGGAUAUACAGAUAGUGAUUGGGCAGGCUCCAUAGAUGACUGCAAAAGCACCUCAGGAUAUUUAUUUUGCUUAGGUACAAAACUAAUUUCUUGGUCAUCAAAGAAGCAAAGGACCGUGGCAUUAUCUUCGGCCGAAGCAGAAUAUAUAUCCGCUACAGAUGCAUCAAGUGAAGCAGUAUGGCUUAGAAGACUUUUAUCAUAUAUGCAACAUAAAGAAACUGCUCCAACAAUUAUCAGAUGCGAUAAUAUGUCAGCAAUAGCAAUGACAAAAAAUCCAGUGUUCCACAGCAGGACAAAGCACAUAGAAAUUUGA